AUGUAUAUUUCAAACACAACAUUUGGUUAUUGCUAAAGUAAGUAUCUUGGAGGAGCGGUAUAUGGUGUACAACUGAUUUCAGCAUAAAAUUCUACCAUAUUUAAUUGUGAAAGCAGGAUUGGUGGAGGACUCUAUUUAUAUGGCAAUGUCAAUGUUCAAGAAUUAAAUAAAAUAGAUUUUUAAAAUAAUAAAGGUUUAUUAUUAAAUGAUAAUUAUAGCAAUUAGAUUUAAAAAUUUAUAGUUGAGGAAGCUUUAGAAGUAUUUUCAAUAGGUAAGGAACCACUUAAACUUAUUCCUAAUUAAAAAUAUUUAUACCCUGGUUUGACUUAUGUUUUCAGACUAUCAAUAGUAAUUGACAAUAAAAAAUAUGACUAAUUUAAUAGUUAUAAUUCUUUUGGAAAUAUAUAUUCUUUCUUAUUUUAACCUUCUGAAAAUUAUCUAUCGUCAACAUAAGCAGGGUUAGAAGCAAUGUAUUAUCCAUACAUUUUGUGGUAGGCAACUAAUAUUGAUUUUUUUGGAAAUGAAAAUACCUAAUUAAAGCUCGAAACAGUUAUUUCGAGUUUAUAAUUUUUUUACUUAAAUUAAGAAUAUUCCAUUUAAAAUGGAUGCAAAGAUCAAGGUAUGGAAAAAAUAUUUAUUAGUAUGUAUUAAAAUAGAUUUUCAUGCUAAUAUUGUGAUAAUAUGAAAGUUGGUUAUUCAUCUACUUGCUAAAUAUGUCACUAAGACUACUUUAAAGAAUGUUAUGCUAAUUACUCAAAUUUAAGAGAAUCAUAUUGGAGAUCGAGCUAUUCUGUGAAUCCUUCUGAUAUAGAAUAUUGCUCCUUAAAUCCUUCUAGUUGUCUAGGAGGUGUUGGCAUAUAGAAUGAGCUAUGUCAUGAAGGCCAUGUUGGAGCUUAAUGCCUAGAUUGCGAUAUUAAAGGAAUUUACUGGGAUGAUUAAUAUGCCUCUUAGGGUGUAUUUUAAUAAGAUAAUAAAACUUACUUUAUGCCUUUUAUCUAUCUAAAUUGGGUGUUUUCUUUAUAGGAAGAACUCUGA